UUGGCAGCAGUGCAAAAGUCAAUACAAUGCGCGGAAAGAGCCAAACAGAUCUGUGCUGCAGGACGGUGCUCGAGUAAAUAUGUAAAAAGCUGGCCUAAGGCACACCGCGAAUUAGUCUCUGUAGCCGUAGAAAUAGCCUCGAUCCGCUUCCGUUCGCGAUGCGUGCAGCAGCAGCAGCAGCGUAUUGAGCGCGAGCUACCUACCAGUGUUUGAAGGCGCAGGGUGACCCACAUCGUCGAUGGCCUCGAGCGAGCCGAAGAAGGCGGCGCUGGUGGCCGUGCUGCCGGCGGCGGCCGUGUGUCCGUACGCGUCGUGCUACUGCGAGGAGAACGUGUGGCAGCUGUGCCAGCUGGUGCGGCAGCAGCACCCGUCCGAACUGUCCCGCUGCCACGUGGUGUUCGUGUCCAACGAGGCGCGCAUGGUGCCUUUGUGGCGGCAGAAGGCCGGACGCGAGGAGGAGAAACUGGUCUUCUGGGACUACCACGUGAUACUGCUGUACCAGCCGGACGAGCGGUGCGUCGUCUACGACCUCGACUCGCAGCUGCCCUUCCCCACCUACUUCCACAAGUACGUGACCGAGACGUUCCGCACCGACCAGAUCCUGAAGCCGGCCUACUACCGCUACUUCCGCGUCCUCCCGGCCAGCGUCUACCUGCAGACCUUCUCCUCGGACCGCAGCCACAUGCGCCGGCCCGACGGCAGCUGGAGCAAGCCGCCGCCCUCGUGGCCCCUCGUCCAGACCGGCGGCCCGGACAAAAUGAACCUGGACUCUUUCAUCAGCAUGGACACCAGAAAGGGCUGCGGAGAGGUCUUCAGCCUCACUGAGUUUGUCAAGAAGUUCUACAAAGUGCCGACGAGCGCCAACUAAUUUCUCUCUCCUGCUUUUUCUCUCCCUGACUAAAAAAAAUUAGAUUCGAUUCGAUUGCGUUCCCUUUCGUGCGACUGCUUUUUUAUGAUCAGUUCCUAUACGGUUCGUUCUUCGAGAUGCAGUUUCAUCAAUUCAAAGAGUGUGAUUUUUAAUAUAUAUACACAAAAAGAAAGAGAGCUAUAAUUAUAAAUUAAUAAUAAUAAUUAUUAUUACUACACACACACAAAUAUUUCAUAAUGUGAGGAGGAAAAUUUUAAAAUAACGCCAGGUCUGCCCCUUAUUUUCUUGGCAGUCCAAAAUUUAUGUAAAUGUUUGCUGACAACACGCACAACUGGUGGGCCGACGCGACGCAACCAGUCAGCAGUCGAAUCAGACGUUGACAGCCAAAAAAGUAGCAGAUUUAAUCAAACCUUGAAUUCUUCCAUUUAAAACAACAACAACAGUCACGCACGCGCUGGAGAAUUUGAUUUAGAAACGGCAGGGUUGCCAGAUUUGUAAACUGUUAAAAUUUCUUUCAAUUCACCAGUUGCGUAAGCUGGUGAUCCAAGCGGCCAACAGAUGGCGCCACCGAAUACUUAAGUGAUAAAUUUAAUUUUAAGGCAUUUCCGCUGCGAUUUCAGUCUUAAUCCUGCCACUGUGCAUUCUUCAAUUAAUAUUCUUUCUUUUGACGUGUUGAAAACUAAAAUCAGUCCAGCCAUUCGCCGUAGAUUCGUUGGAAAAUAUUUUUUAUUUCAAAUAAUGGGUUUUCACGAUUCUACGGCGAUUGGCUGAAUCGAUUUUGGAUUUCAGCUCGUCAAGAGAAAGCAAAUUAAGUGAAGAAUGCACAUUGGCAGGAUUAAGACUGAAAUCGCAGCGAAAUAUCCUUAAAAUUAAAUUUAUUACUUAAAUUUACGGUGGCGCCAUCUUUUGGCGGCUUCAAACACUGAGGGUUUCUGCAACCUGUGAAUUGCGUUGACAAUAUUUUAUGAUGAGUUAGGAUUAAAUAUAAUAGGUGUCUAGAAAAGCAAAUCUAGGCUUUUAAAUGAUUUAAUUUAUUGUUCCCGAUAUUUUCCCUGAUUGCAUAUUUUUUUAACUCGAAUGCAAUUCUAGUCAUAGUUAAUUUCUUGUACUUUUUAAUUUAGAAGAAAUGACAAGAAAACAACUCGUUUUUGCAACCCUGGGUAGAGGAAUUGUUAAUAAGGAUAAUUCGCCAAAAGUAAAAUAAUCCGAAAGGCGAAUAUAAAAAAUAUCCUUCUCGAUUCGAGUGUGGAGGUUGGCUAAAUCGUGCGGCUUUAGAUAAAUUCAAGUCAAUAUAUAAAACGUAUAACACGUUUUUAGUGCAGUCUUAAACCGUAUCAGCAAGUCAAUGUUUUGCUAAAAUGUAUCUAAAUAAUAAUAAUAUAAAUAUAUCUGAAUCGAGCUUCUCUGUACGAAUCAAAACUCGUUUUCGGACGACGGACGCGCACAUUGGAGAAGGCCAUUCAUUUUGGUUGAGCGAAUCGUGCUUGUCCUCCAUAAUCCCGUUCAAUCUCUGCUUUCCGUGCGAGCGGGCGGGCGGGCGCCUAAUUUUAGCGCAGUUAUACAACUUGUGAUACUUGCCUGCCGGGCGGGCUUGCAAACACGAGAAAAUAAGGGGCCACCACCGCAAAAGCAUCAUCUCUUCGAUCUCUCACGACUAUCUCCCUGCAAAAAAUAUAAUAUUAUCCCUCUCGCGUUGCUAUAAACAUUUCUUCCACUAAUCAUUAUAUACAAAAUAAUACUGUUGCGCUUUACUCUUAUCCUGCGAUUGACACAAUUACUUACUAAAAAAUAAUAAUUAAUAAUUAAAUCUCAAUUUUUGUUGCGUAACUUCCACCGCCAGAACUUUGUGCCAGUGUUGAUUUGUCAGUUUUGGGGGAAAUUUUCCAAUCAGAAGGUUGAUUUCUCCAAAUAAUUUGAAAUUGUUCAGUUUUUACUAGAAGUAAUCCUAAUUUUCAAUUUUUAGGAUGCAGAACUAUAAAAAGUUCCGGUUUUUUGGUAAUUUAUAAUCCAAUUUUAUGCAGAAAUUAUGACUCAACCCCUUUUGAGAAACCUAGAAAUCGAUUCUGCAACACUUUUUAUAGCAUUUUUCUAACCGACUUCUACUUCCCGCGGUAAAAAGUCCGAUCUCCCAAGUUGCCACUUUGUAGCAAUAGUCCAACGGUAAAAUUGUCCAGACUCGCAUCAUGGGGCUCAUUUUGAAGCUAACGUCACGCUGAUCUCGUGACUGUGGUCAGAAUCGAGUGUUGCCACGGUUGAGACCGGAGAAUUUUACCACUGGACUAAUUCUAGUUAGAUAUCGGACUUUUUCCCGCGGUAUGAACUAUUUGAGCAAUAGAAAUCCAGUGGGGUCCAGAUGUGCGAUAAAAUUGGUUCGCACUGCACAGAUCCAAGAUGGCGUCCGAAUGAGGGAAAGAAAAAGCUCUCUUUGGAAUGCCGCACGAGUGUCAAGAGUUUGUUUUCACGAUCCAAAAGACACAAUUAGUUGAGAGUAAUGCAAAUUAUGUCACAAUAUUAACGAAAACUUAGUUCGUGACCGUUUUUUCGCGCCAUAUUCCACCGGACGCCAUACCUGCGCGUCGCACGAAUCUGGCCCCCGCUGCCUCUUCUUGAAUUUCCUGUUUGAAGUCUUCAUCAUCUAUCAUUUGACCUACUGUUUAUAUGGCACAUGAUUCAGAUUUGUAAAUUUUUCAGAUUUUGGCUAGAAUUGAAAGUGGAGGCUGCCAAAACUUUCAAUUAAAUGAGCAGUGGUGCUACCUUAAAAACCAACGAUUUUUGCAAAACAUUAGCCAAUUGAAUUGUACACGACCAUGCGAGUUCAAAAUUGAAUCUAAAAGCCAGCUCUCACUUAUAAAAAAAAAACACGGCAAUAUAAUAACAAUUAAAAUAUAUAUCUCGAUUUGUACGUAUAUGUACUUCUGGAAAAUAAGUCACUGUUGACGAAACUAUUUGAAAUUAUAAUUAUUGCUACCGUUGUGGCUUUGCUCUCCUCUUGAAACAAAUUACUAUAUAUACUAUAUAUCCCAGCGUAUUGCAUGGUUUUUGACUCUUGAUAAGGGAAUUUUACGACGUUUACAUGAUAUUCUCUCGAAAUCAAUUAAAAAUAUAUAUAAAUGCCAACCAAAAACUUUACCCUUUACACAACAAGGCCUGUUUCGCCUUUCUCUCUUUCAAACUUUCCUACUACUAUUGAAUAAGCGAAGCAAUUUAAGUUUUGCUUUGCUCCAACUAAUUAUCUCCGUGUCAUACUACUUAACCCGGAAUCUCUUUCUCUCUAUCUAUCUCUGAAACCGCAUUAUAUAUUAUAUCUGCUUCGAAACGAGAUCAAGAAAGCAGAACAAUUAUAAUAAUGAGAUGAUUUUCAGCUUAUUUGUAUGACCCUCCGCUAUGCAUUAAGAGAAGAAUAAUUAUACUCUCGGGCUGUUUUGUCCCUUUUUAAUAUGGAUUGUAUACUCAAUGCAUUUGAUUGAUCUCGUAUAUUUAUAUAUAUUGCAUGGAACUGAUUUACAUAAUUAUUUAGUUGUUUGAAGGAAUUUUUUAACUCGUAAGCAACAAAAUAUUUACAACUCGAAUUAAGAGAGCAAAAAAGUUGAACGGUCCUUUUUGAAGUGUCCUUAUUAUAAGCAGUUGUUUUCGAUAAAUUGAUUUUCAGAAAUAUUAUAA